CAGGGUUGGCAGUGGCUUUUAUUUGAGAAGCCCGAGCGCUAUGCGGUGCCGUUGUUGGUACAUUUGGUGGAGGGGUUUAUCUGGACGAUUGUGCAGAGACUUGGUCUUUUUGACGGCACCAGGCCUUUUCAGGCGGAGGAGGUGGAGUCGGGGGAGAAAACGGCAUCGAUUCAGUGCAAGGCUUUAUACCCCAAGGAAUAUAAUGUGAACUCCCCGCAUAAACUUCUUAUCGAGUUUCUCUCGGAUUGCUACGUGGACAUUCGUGGGCCUGUGUCUUUUCAUCCGUCUGUGCUUCUUCUCCUGCACCACCUUGCCAUGCGAGUGGUUGAGGCACCAUCCCGAUUCUCCACGAAAGAUAGUUCCUUUUCGGAAAUGAUGCGUUGCGCCCUAUUAAUGAGUUCCAUAUGCCAUAAUUUGCAGAUUGUCAAUGAACGUCGCUUAAGUAUUGGAUCACCCGCUUUUGUGGCCUCCGCUUCUAUUGGAAAAGUUCGUCAAGGCUGGUACAAGUGUCUGCUGCAAUGGUUUCACAAGACUCCGCCUUCGUGGUACUUUACGCGAGAUCCCUCUGCCGCAGAGGAGGAGUUGGUGGUGCUUCAGAAGCUCAUAAAAGUACUUGAUGCGGAUCGAGAUGCGUUGCUGCGUUCUACGCAUGGCUUUCUUGAUUUUGACCCGUCUAAAAUUCAUGAUUGUACGGCUGCGAAGUUUACGCUUAUGGGGAGUGGUGUACGCCAUACACUCUGUGACAUGCUCUCGGACGAUUCAGUGAAGGCGGAGGGGGUGAUUCAGGGGGUGAUCACCAGUGAACGAAACCGCCUUUUGGAUCUUAUUGCGCUAAUGAGACUUUUGGUGGAGCACGAACGCACACGACUUGCGGUGUGGCUUCGGCCACGUGUAGGGGCUGGCGCCCGGUUGGGGGAGGGGAGUUUGAAUGGCCUUUCUGAGGCCGUGUGGAGGAGGCAUUGUGAGGCGGCGGCGAGGAAUAACCCUGCGGUGUUACUGGCGUUGGUGGCAAGAUUUCCCAGUCCACAUUUAUUGGGGUCCGCCACGCGGCAUGUAACCACCAACCCCGAAGCCUAUUGCCACCUACCCGAGGCAGUUGAUCUUUACCUUAACGAGGAGGUGCUUAGGAGUGGUUAUCCCGCCCUCGGUUUAUUUACAAAUUGCACAAUUGUGCAGGCUCUUUGCUUUCUUGACAAAUCCUACACGACGCGGUACCCGCAGAUUUCAGCGUAUGCUCUUCGCAGUCUCUUGUCCCAAAAGAGUGAAAGUCUUAUAUUUUAUCUCCCACAAAUCGUACAAUUAUUUUCUGGUGAUGCAUCGGGCGGUAUCGCUGUCUUCCUCCGUAAGAUGUGCGAGAAGAGUGAUAUGUUUACGCAUCAGCUGCUUUGGUCCUUGCGGACGGAAGGGGAGGGGGGAGCUGAAAUGGCAAGACGAUGCGCACAACUUGCUUCUGAUGUGGAAGAAGGACUUGUUGCCAAACGGCGAUCGUUUCACUAUGGGGAGUUUUCUUUUAUUGAAAAGAUCAUCUCCGUGUCGGGUGAAAUGAGGUCUUUUGAAAAGGCAUUGCGGAAGGAAAAACUGCUUCUUCGUCUGCAUGAUGCGGAGUUUCACGAACCGGUGGAACGGCAACAUUUGUACCUUCCCACAGACACACGCUGGCGCAUUGCGGGGAUCAUACCCGAAACAGCUGCCGCGAUGCAAAGUGCGGUGAAGUGCCCCAUACUGGUCCAGUUCAAAUGCAUCCCGCGAGAUCCGGAUGAUUGCGAGGUUGCCCUGAAGAAAAGGGAUGAAAAGUCACCCGCGGACACAGAGACUACCAUAAAGGCAUGUAUCUUCAAGAUGGGCGAUGAUUGCCGACAGGAUCAGAUUGCUUUGCAAAUUAUUGGUCUCUUUCAGCGCAUUUAUGACACCAUUCAGGUGCCAUCUUACUUGUAUCCAUAUCGGGUAGUGACGACUGGAAGGGACAGCGCUGUCAUUGAGUGCGUUCCUCGUGCGAUGAGCCGGGACCAAAUUGGAAAACUUGUAGAAAGCAACCUUGCGGAGUACUUUGUCCAAACUUACGGUCACCCAGAGUCUGUGACGUUUCACCGGGCCAGAGAAUGCUUUAUACGAAGUAUGGCUUCAUAUUCGGUCGCUUCCUUUGUGCUCAACGUUAAGGAUCGUCAUAACGGCAAUCUCAUGAUUGAUGCUCACGGGCACCUCGUGCACAUUGAUUUUGGAUUUUUGUUUGACUUCUCCCCAGGGGGAGACAUUAAUUUCGAGUCGUCACCAUUCAAACUGACGGCGGAAAUGGUGCAACUUAUGGGAUGUCCUGUGGGUCGUGGAAAUGGAACGGUGCAGAGCCACUCCCUAUCAAAGGCAUUGGUGGAUCCCGAGGCGUACAAUUUGUUUAGGGAUUUAACAGUUCGUUGUUACCUUGCGGUGCGCCAAUACGCCCGUCAGAUUUGUGUACUUGUAGAGUUGAUGCUGGGCAGUGGCUUGCCCUGCUUCAAGCCCAGGAAGACGAUUCGGGAUCUCGCAUGGCGACUCUCGAUGCAGAUGAGCGAAGUAGAGGCUGCUGAAUUUAUGCUCCGGCGGAUUUCAGAAUCGAGGGGGAAUCUCCGAACGGUUCUUUAUGACAGGUACCAAAAUUUCGCGGAAGGCAUAGAGAUGUAA